CUGCUCCUGAUGCGGAAAGAAGAGUUUACUUUCAUUUUCACGUUGAAUGCUGCGUAAUAGUGAUUCGGGGUUAAGUUUCAACUUGUAAAUUCAAUCAUAUUGAGAAGAUUCCUCUAUCAAAAACAGGAUGACGACAGAAGGUGUUUGCGUCGCGUCGAAACAACAGGUGGAUGAGUUCUCAAAGAGACUCACAAAACAGGCAGAAGAACUUCUCUCAACCUUUUUCCCUCAGAAGCUUGAGGAGUUGCAGACUCUACUCAAGACCUCCUUCACUUGUGACGAUUUGGAAACCUUGAAAGUUCCGCUUGACAUCCCAAUCCCAGACCCAGAGAAAGAGGAGGCCAAGCGCAAGAAGAAGGAGGAGAAAGAGGCAAAGGAUGGGAAAAAAGACGAUGAGAAAGAAGAAGAAGCGCCACCGUGUGGCCCUAUCUGUUGCAACGAUCAAGUGGGGACUCUACUGCAGAAGGUGAAGCAGGAGCUCCACAUUAUUAAAGAAAAGCUGAACAUGGUGUGCAUGUGGGUGCAGCUGCAGAUCCCUAGAGUUGAGGAUGGGAACAACUUUGGCGUGGCUGUGCAGGAGAAAGUGUUUGAGCAGCUGACAAACACGCGCACCGCCAUAGAGGCGUUCCAAACCCAGAUUGCAAAGUAUUACAGUGAGAGAGGUGACGCUGUCGCCAAAGCCUCAAAACAACCACAUGUGGGCGACUACAGACAGCUGGUCCAUGAACUGGAUCAGUUCCAGUAUUGCCAGCUUCGCCUUGUGGUUCUGGAGAUCCGCAACACUUACGCGGCGGUGCUCGACAUCAUCAACAAGAACUACGACAAGAUCACCAAGCCCAGAGGCGAAGGGAAGGCCAUGAUCUACUGACCACCUGCUGCCCUGAGCUCAGACAUGACACUGCCAACUAUGUCUCUAUUCAUUGUGUUAAUAAAACACUCUUCUGCUUAAAUUUUCUGACCGUGCUUCAUUUAAGAGCUACACCUAUAUCCUCGGUAAAUAGUGGAGAAUUUGUUAAGGAAAAUCGUCCUUUCUCUGUAUUAAAGAGCUGGGCUUGGGUUGCGUAAUCUUUCUUGACUCUACUGCAGGGGUCUAAAAGUCAUCCCUCGAGCACCAGGGUGGCGCAGGUUUUGAUUCAAAUAUGUAUCUUUACAUGAAAAAAUAUUGAAAUGUCACAUUUUUUAAUGGAGUAAUUUGAGUUUCAUUCAAAGCUUUCCAUGUUUAUUAUUCUGGCCCUGUGCCUGUGUGACCCUCUAGAGGCGAGAGGGAAACUGAUUCCUUUUACCGAUAUAAUUCAAAUGACUUGAUUUUUUUCUUUUUUCAUUUUUAUUUGAGUUUGCUUCUCAUUUAUUACUGAUAUUUAUGUCUGAUAUUUCACUAAAAUUGUAUGAAUAUUUGCAGUAUAUAGAAAUGGAAUAUGUAUUGUCCCUUGCCACUUACAUUGAAAAUAUUUAAACAUACAUUGAUCAUCUUGAAAUAUAAUGUACAUGAAUGAAAAAGUAGACAUAUUGCUUAUUCUUACAACUUUAUGGAAUAAUUACAUUCGCACAAACUCAGUAUUUAUGUUUCCUA